AUGGCUCCACUGUGCGCCGACCCGCGGCAGGUCGUCAUCGCCCUCAACCCGGCCCGGCGGCAGGCCCUCCUGCGCCUCGUGGAUGAAAUUGUCGAGUAUAUGAUCUCACAGAUUGAGACAUCAGCCGAUGAUCUCGGGUCUCUGGCGCCGGCGGACAUUGACGACUCGGACGAGUACGCGACCAGCCGGCACACCAAGGUCUCCUCCAAAGACGAUGACGGCGGCGAUGCGUGGGACGCGUGGCAGGAGGAUUGGGACUCGAGGGACACCCAGCAGCAGAAAAAAGGGCAAAAACAGCAGCAGCAGAAGCCCAGCGAAAAGGAGACUCGGCAGGCGCAGCGCGUCCAGGUCGCCGCCGUCAAGCACAUCAAGGAAUGGAGGGACGAGUUCCGCCCCAAGCUCGCCGAGAUCGUCAAGGUCGAGGAAAACGACAAGAUCCGCGCCGAGCGGCAGACGCGCCGCGACGCCAUGGACAAGAAGAAGCUCGACACGCCCGAGCACGGCGAGGACCUCAUCAGCUUCGGCGGCAGCGGCGCGCAGCUCACGCGCUCCGACGACGUCGCCUCGCUGCAGGCCCUCUACCACCCCAUCCCCACGCGCCUCACCACCAUCCCGCCCGAGGACCGCCGCGAGGCCCUGAGCUGCGUCCUGCUGCUGCUGCUCUCCACGGGGAGGUACUCGGCCCACUCGCGCGCCUUGGUCCUCUACCUCGCCUCCGCGCUGGAGCUGCCGCAGACGUUCGUCAACGGCGAGGAGGCUGAGAUUGCGCACUCGCUCAUGGAGAACUCCACCGCCGACAAGGGCCAGAAGGAGACCAUGUCGGCGGAGGCGGAGGCCGCCAAGCGCAGGCAGGAGAACAAGGUGAGCCGCUUCUGGAAGGUUGGCCUGGCGUCGGUGGCGGGCGCGGCGGUCAUUGGCGUCACGGGCGGGCUCGCGGCGCCGCUGGUGGCCGGCGCGAUCGGCGGCAUCAUGGGCGGCGUGGGCUUGGGUGGUGUGGCGAGUUUCCUGGGCAUCUUUUGGAUGAAUGGCGCUCUGGUCGGCGCGCUCUUUGGCGCAUACGGAGCCAAGAUGACGGGUGAAAUGAUGGACAGCUACGCCAAAGAGGUCGAGGACUUUCGCUUCAUCCCCCUCGCCGAGGAAUGGGGCGAAGACUGCAAAACACCGCCGCCCUCAAAGGACGGGAGGCCAUCAGGGCAGCAGCAGAACAAGCAGCAGCAGCAGCAGCAGCAGCAGCAGGAUCAACGUCGCCUGCGCGUCACUAUCGGCAUCAACGGGUGGCUCAACUCCGAGGCCGACGUGGCCCGGCCGUGGCGCGUGCUCAGCAACGACUCGGAGGUGUUCGCGCUACGGUACGAGAUGAAGACGCUCCUGGCGCUGGGCACCGCGCUGCAGGACCUGGUCGGGUCCUUUGCGUGGAAGGCCUUCAAGGUCGAGGUCAUCAAGCGCACCGUCCUGGCCACGCUCUGGGCGGCCCUCUGGCCGAUCCAGAUCCUCGCCGCGGCGUCCAACGUCGACAACCCCUUUAGCCGCGCCAGCAACCGCUCCCACAAGGCCGGCCGCCUCCUCGCCGACGCCCUCAUCAACCGCGUCCAGGGCGAGCGCCCCGUCACCCUCGUGGGCUACUCCCUCGGCGCCGCCGCCAUCCACGCCUGCCUGCAGUCCCUCGCCGAGCGCCACGCCUUCGGCCUCGUCGCCGACGUGGUCCUCAUCGGCGCCCCCGCGCCGUCAUCCCCCGCCCACUGGCGCUCCCUGCGACCCGUCGUCUCCGGCCGCGUCUUCAACGUCUACUCGGAGAACGACAUGGUCCUCGGCUUCGUCUACCGCAUGCACAGCCUCGCCCUCGGCGUUGCCGGCCUGCAGCCCAUCACCGGCGUGGAGGGCCUCGAGAACGUCGACCUGAGCGAGCGCGUCAGCGGUCAUCUGCGCUACCCCGAGCUGACGGGCGAGAUCCUCCGCAUGUGCGGCUUUGUCGGCGUGCGCGCCGGCGGUGACAUCGAAAAGGACGACGUUAUCCGCAUGAAGGACCAGGCCGCCGAGGGCAACCUCCUAGACUUUGACGCCGUGCCGCCCUCGGACUCUGCCAAAGACACCAAGCGGAAGGGGAGCAACAUGACCAACGACCUCCGCGGCCUGACCAUAUCGCCCCCGGCCCUCUCCCCGUCGCAUGAACCCAACUCGCCCAUUCCCAGACGCCCCGUCGGGGCCUCCAGCACCGACACCUCGUCGCAGCCGCAACACCCGCCCACGCAGGCCGACGACCCGCCGCCCCCCGCGUUGCCCACGAGGCGCUCGAACCCGCCGCCUGACGAGUUCGACGCCGAGCCUCGCCUGGCCCGGCGCCCCGUGGGAGCGCCGCCCAAGCAAAAGACGCGCCAAGUGACGCCCGACUCGACCGACCCGGAGGACUCAGACUCGGAUGGGCCGGUGGGCAUCACCAUGGUGGACAUGGACGACGACGACGAGGACUAG